AUGGUCGAAGAUCCUCACGAAUCGGACUCAGCUCCUUCUGACGACGAGAACGAUGCAGACUACCUGGAUCACUCCGAGACAGAAGACGCUAGCGAGAGCUUACACCCAUCUAAGCGUCGUCGUAGAAGUCCAGGCGACGCUUCGUCGGCCACUCAAGAAGUGCCCAAAACGUUGUCUUCAGAGUCCCCGCUCGCUGAUCAACCUGAGUCAAUACCAGAAAACCCGAGUCCAGAGAGUGAAUCAAUUCCUAUCCAGGGUUUCCUCCGAUUACGAACUAAGGGAACCGAGGAAAAGGAACAAAUUCGUUACUUUACCGUAGUACCAGCUAAUCUAUUCUCCUUACCACAUGUCUCUCCAUCUAUCACAUCUACUCUUACUACAAAUGAUCUACCUUCCUUGGAUACUCUUCUCCAGGAAUACCACACAUUUCAAACUCAGAACUCUGUGUCAUAUACUGUGAAUGACAGUCAGCAUAUCUCUGAAAUUACUCCAUGGUUGCGAACCACUGGUAUUCAUGUUCACCUUACUAGAUUAGAUCUAGAAACGGUAGGAGAUCUUUAUCGACUUCCUAAUCAUGAUGAGACAAGAUUAGAUCUCAUCUGCGCCAGCGUGGACCGAAUCUGGAGACAGACAGAACAGCUACUACAUCACAACCCUGUUAGUGACAUCCCACGGCUAAGUCGCUACAAUGCUCGACUUCUCAAUACCUUUACGCGAGGAGAGAUCUCGCAGAAUCCUAUCCAGCCUCUCCAGAAUCCUCAGAGUCGCUCUCGGUACAUUCAGACCUGGCAGAGGUUAAUCUGUUAUUGGAGUCAAGUAAUGGAUGACCAGCUCCUUCCUAAUCCUUUGUUUCUGCCAACAGAGGGUCAGAAGUCUACCUGGGACGACGUGAUCACUGCUGCUAAGAAUCUAAGUCACCAACAAGAAUUAGAGCAGAAUAAUGAUGAGGCUCUCCAUCAACUCCAGCAGGAGAUGGAUAAACAAACCCUUGCAUUUUGCCUUAAGAUUAUCCAACACAACUACACCUCCUUUCUCUCACAACUGAUCUAUAACUGUCAGAUCUGGAUCCUAGCCCUUUCUAUCCUAGAACAACAGAACCAUCCUACUCAGGAUCUUGGAGAUAUUAUUAUUAGACACCGCGAUCGAUGGCUACUCAAUGAUACCAAGGGACCCGUGGCGGAGCUACUGGAGAAUCGACUGUAUGCAUUCCGGAUUGCAAUGAGUGAGGUCCCCCCUGCUCAAGUACGAUGGGAUCGAGAGGGCCAAGUCAUUACAUUCCAAGAUGUAAGUCUGUCCUUGUUGGAACUCUCUCGACUGAUCCGCGAGGGCAUCUCUACCGCGCAGGCCAUCUUCGAGCAAGAGUUGUGUUUAUCCGGCCCAGCACGGCCGGCUACUGAGAUCCCUCAAUUUGAUCUUAGUAAUCUGAUGGAUAACUGGGAUGCUACACAAGCUGGUGCAUCCUUUCUCACAGAUUCUCGCAAUCAUGCCUACGUAGUACCCUAUCAGGACUGGCUCUUCCGUCGAGUCAGUCAGGAUGCAGUUCUGUUUCCAAUCUUUUGGGAGUUGGGUGUUGAUCAGACCUGGCGGAUCUCACCCAAGAUGGUAGAACAGUACGAAGCAACUAUCCAGCGAUUCCUAGAGGCUUUACUCGUCCCCUUCUUUAUUGGAUCUGGCCAGCAAGCGCGACGCACUGAGUUCCUAGGAAUUCGAUGGCGCAACACCCUCCUGCAUACUCGCGAUCUCUUCCUCCAUGAUGGUCAAAUGCUCUUUAUUCUGGAUUAUCAUAAGAGUCGUCAUCUUUCUCAUCUUAAUUAUGCCCUUCCGACAGUGGUUACAGCACCAGGUGCAAACUAUGCAUUCUUCCACAUCCCUCCACUCUGUGACUACCUCUGGGCCUCUACGACAAAGCCUUGGUCUGAUAAUCAUCUUACGUGGACCGUGAUCCGGACUGGAGAGCAGAUCCUUGGUAAGAAGAUUCAUAUUCGAGCCUGGCGCCAGAUCACUGUUGGGAUUGCCAUUAAGAAGUUUAGAACUCUUGCGUCACAGUUUAUUGAGGAUUCUCUUGAUAAUGAAGAUGACCUUAUAGAGGAUCACAAUGGCAGUAUGGCUGCGGUAUUCCAUUAUCAGGCUGCACAUACACCUCAUACUGGGAAUCCGAUCUAUGGAGGGACCAUCAAUUUUCGAGCCGGUCUCACCGAUGCUGGUCUUCAAGAAUUCCGCCAACCUAGCGAGAUCUGGCAUCAAUUAAUCAAACAGCCCUCGCAGUACUCUACACCUAGCUUAUUAAAAAGACGACUGCCUGCUGUAUUCACUCAGUCCUUGCAACCAGCCAACGUCAAUAUAGAGUGGGAAUGGGAUGAGAGUCCUUCCAAGCGAGUGCGGAGUGAGGCAACUGAGUCCACACUAGUUCAACGAUUUCAUCGUUGCCACGAACCACGACAGAGUCAACAGCGCUGGACUAUGGAGCAGGCGCAGACCAUUCUAAAGCGCAUGUAUGGACCAGAAGCGCAGUAUCGAACCAGUAAUCAGCAACAAGCCUUGCAGUAUAUCAUCCAGGGUUUUAGUCAAGUGGUUGCAGUUCUUCGGACAAAUGAGGGCAAGAGCCUACUCUAUCUUCUGCCCUGCCAGCUUCCUGGUGCACGAACAACCGUGGUAGUGCUCCCUUUAUUGGUCCUCAAGCAGGACAUGCUCCUUCGAUAUGAAUCCAGGCACCUUGGAUCGAGUCCACUGAUCCUAGUAAGCGCUGAGCAGGCAGUACAUAUCAACUUCCGAACCUUUCUUCUUCGGCUACAGCUUGCCAAUCAACUUGAUCGUGUUGUAUUUGAUGAGUGUCAUCUGACUCUGACCGCCUCUUCUUACCGCAAGGGACUGGCCUUGCUUCCUACGUUACGCGAUAUUCAGUGUCAGAUGGUCUUCCUCACUGGCACGCUACCACCAGUCAUGAUGGCAGAAUUUGAGCAAACCAUGCUACUCUCUCAGGCACGAUUGAUCCGUAGCCUCACCACUCGCCGUGAUCUAUCCUAUCAGGUCGUUUCCUGCCCUAUGGAUCAGGACUUCUUCAAGUUUGCAAUUCCUUGGAUCCAGCAAGAGCGUACCCAACUAGACUCUCAAGAGCGUGCAAUUCUCUACUGCCAAACCCAAGCGAUUACAGAGAAAGUGGCUACGAUUCUUGCAUGUCCCUUCUACCAUGCUGAUUCUGGGACUCGUGAAGAGAAGGCGCAAACCCUCGAGACGUGGCGUAAUGGAAAUCCAAAUUGGAUUGUUGCCACUUCUGCCUUUGGAAUGGGAAUUGAUCAUCCACGAGUCCGCCUUGUUAUCCAUCUUGGAGCUCCAUCCAGUCUCAUUGAGUUUACGCAGGAGGUAGGCCGCCUAGGACGUGACCAACAGGGCGGUCGUUCUAUUACCUUACUCCCUCCCUCAUGGAGUAUUACCAAGUCGAGCCGACCAGGCCAUAUGAUCUCGUCUGAUGUACAGGCUAUGCAUGCUGUUUUAGAUCAGCCGAACUGUCGAGUCGCUGCGAUGAGCUCCUUCCUCGAUGGGGCUGCAGUGGCCUGCAGCGCGCCUGAUCCUCUCUGUGAUCAAUGUCGCUUCCGUCAAGAGAAUCCUGAAUCUUCUUCGACUGAUCCUACUACGACCUGCUCGCCUAAUCCAGAGGAGAACGUCGACUGCGAUCUGACUAUUGGGUCUCAGAUGCGAAUCCAGCAGAUCCAGCAGGAGAGCCAGCAAUUACAGCAGUAUGAGGAUUCCCUCCAGGCGCUCCGUGGCACCUGCGUGAUCUGCCGUAUCCUACCAUCAUCAUCUGCCGACACGAAAAAGCAUUCCUUUAUCAAGUGUUGGAAUCCUCGUCGACAGGACUUUCUUGAGUCAAAAAAGAGGGCACAGCAGGAAGGAAAGCGGUUUCAAGGCUGGAUGCAGCGAUAUGCCGGGUGCUUUCGUUGUUAUAAUCCACAAGCGGUGUGCAGUCAACAGGGCCAGGGAACCUGCCUCUAUCCUGAUCUCGUCAUGCAAGCUUGCUGGGCGAUCUAUCAGAUCAAGGCCUGGACAGAAGGCUUGCUGCCUGGUCUUGGUGGUGAGCACGUACAAUCCAACGAGGCAGCAUAUAUGCUUUGGCUAGGGCAGAAGCGAGCGACAUUUGGGGUUGAAGGAUUGAAUGCUGCCUGGGUGGCUUAUCAUGUAUUCCAACAGCUUCUGGAGCCUGCAAAAGGUUCAGUUUAG